UGUGUGACUAUCAGAGUUCUCCUGGCAGCCAUCAUGAAGGGUACAGUCGUGAUCUGCUGUUUCCUUUCCCUGCUUUUGCAGGCCACAGCAGAGGAAGAAGAAGUAGAAGACUUUAUCUCUACCCUCAGAGACAGAUCUCACAUAGAUGAGACGCUGCGGCUUGCAACUGAGGAGAAAUCAGGAGACUAUGCAGCGGCCAUUGACAGGUUGCGGAAGAUCUACCACUCAUCCAUCAAGCCGAUGGAGCAGGCCUACAAGUACAAUGAGCUGAGGCAGCACGAGAUCUCAGCCUACCCCGGAAGAACCCUUGGGGACUCAGACACAGAUGGAGAGAUUACCUCCAAGCCCAUGGUGCUGUUCCUGGGACCUUGGAGUGUAGGAAAGUCCUCCAUGAUCAAUUACCUCCUGGGCAUGCAAGACAGCCCCUACCAGCUCUACACAGGAGCUGAGCCUACUACCUCUGAGUUCACUGUGAUUACACAUGGGGAGAAGAUCCGCUCGGUUGAGGGUAUUGUAAUGGCAGCAGACAGCUCUCGGUCCUUCUCUCCCUUGGAGAAGUUUGGACAAAACUUCCUGGAAAAGCUGGUUGGUAUUGAGAUGCCCCAUAAGCUGCUGGAACGUGUGACUUUUGUGGACACACCAGGAAUUAUUGAAAACCGGAAGCAGCAGGAGAGAGGCUAUCCCUUCAAUGAUGUUUGCCAGUGGUUCAUUGACCGUGCUGACCUGAUCUUCGUGGUGUUUGACCCCACCAAGCUUGACGUAGGCCUUGAGCUGGAGAUGCUCUUCCGACAGUUGAAGGGUCGUGAAUCCCAGAUCCGCAUCAUCCUUAACAAGGCUGACAACCUGGCCACCCAAGACUUAAUGAGAGUCUAUGGUGCUCUCUUUUGGAGCUUAGCUCCGCUCAUCAACGUGACCGAACCCCCCCGCGUCUACGUCAGCUCCUUCUGGCCAUAUGACUACGCAGCUGACACCAGUCGUGACCUCUUCAAACGAGAAGAGAUCUCCCUCCUGGAAGAUCUGAACCAGGUCAUUGAAAACCGCAUGGAGAACAAAAUUGCUUUCAUCCGCCAACACGGCAUCCGCGUACGCAUUCACAGCCUGCUGGUAGACCGCUACGUUCAGACCUUUAAAGAGAAGAUGAGCUACUUCAGUGACCCUGAACUAGUCUUCAAGGAGAUUGUAGAUGACCCAGACAAAUUUUACAUUUUCAAAUCCAUCCUAGCCAAGACCAACAUCAGCAAGUUUGACCUGCCCAACCGGGAUGCUUACCGUGACUUCUUUGGCGUCAACCCUGUCACCAACUUCAAGCCACUGACAGCUCAGUGCUCCUACAUGGGAGGCUGUCUGCUGGAUAAGAUUGAGAAGGCAAUCACCAAUGAGCUACCCGCCCUUCUGAGCAGCAUUAACUCAGGCAAGCAGCCUGGCCUGACCUCCUGUGAGGCUACAGGCUGUGGUGAAAAGCCAAAGAAUCGUUAUCGAAAGAACUGAGGAGAUCAAAAUAACUUGAGUGGGUGAAGUAAGAAGAGGAGGGGCCGGGUGGAAGCCACCCUUGCGUUUGUCAGAAUGCCUGUAUUGAUGAAGAAGACAGAGGAUAAGGGGGAUUAGUGUUUAGUUUUUUUUUCUCAGGAUAAUAUGGGGAGUUGCAUUUAGGGACUGUAUACAUGAGACAGAUAGAGGGAGGUAAGGGUCAUUGUUUGAUAAGGCAGCUUAAGGAUACACAUGCCGAAGAAAUUCGAAAAUGCCACAAAUCAGAGUUGUGUUCAAAUAUAUGCCCUUCUCUCCCUUGUACAACCACAGGGUUAUUUUGGGUGGGGAAGUUAUUUUAAAGAAGCACAGAAAUGAAAAAGUAAAAUCUCAAUAGUCCUGAGACUAAAAACAGUCAAAUACCAGCUCCCUUGUAUGUGAAUAAAAUUGGGAAAAGUGGAAACAGAAGUUGCAAAUUUGUGUUGUAAAAUCUUGAGAACUGCAUUGCAGAAAGUCAAUUCCAUAAACUUCAAAAGUUCAUUUUGAAGUAGUCUUUUUUGUGGGUGCUAUACAAAGCCUUUGCGUUUGUCAUCCAAAUCUUGCGUUUGACAUCUAUUAACUUUAACAAUGCAUGUUAGAUCUUAUUUAACAGAUGCAUGUAAUUCCUGCUAGCAUAACCUUUUAAAUAAUAUUUCCUUGUGUAACUGAAACCUGAACCAACCCUGCCAUGCAACAAAUAAGGCCUUUUUUUCUCCUUUCAUUUUAUACGCUCAUCAGUCCUGGUUGUUGACAACUUAUGACAUGGGCACUGUGAUAGAAGCAGAGUUCAGGGUUCAAGGGUCAGAGUCUUCAGAGCAGGCUGGGUAUUUUAACUUUGCUUAAUUUCUUAACUGUUCUUACUGUUUUCUGUAUGCGUCUAUAAAUUUGCCAAUCUUUGGCAGGAAUUCAAUACUGUGUUAUGAUUUUUUUUUCUCCUUUUAACGAUAAGCUUCCCAGCUUUCUUUUAGCUGAAUGACCAUGAAUUAAAAAAAAAAGAAGAAGAUGUGAUUGGAUUAAAGCUGUCUUAUUCAACCAUUUAUUUUGCAGGAUAGAAAGCUAUUUAUUGGUUUGAAUGUGUACAUAUUCCAAAUGGGCAUUGAAUUAGUCUGUGUAGGUGCACUGAAUACCCCCUGCUUUACAAUUUUAUUAUUACCACGGCAAAAAUGCGUUUCCCUAGCUUGCAAGAGCAGGGCUGCAGGUAAAGGUAAAGUGGAGGACUUCUGAGUUGACCCCUGACCUCUGUGGAAAGAAGUAAACUGACAGUACUGACAUUCACAUCCACAAUAUUUUACAAUGAUGCAUGUCCUAAUAGAUGCAAAUUGUUAUGUUAACCUACCUCAAAAAACUUUCCAUGAGCAUAGCAUGGUAAAUCUGCAUAAAAUAGCUUGACAUUUUGGUUACGACUGUUUGGCCAGUUGUAGAAACUUCGUGAAAAUUGGUUGCUAGGCAGAUAGCGGAGACUCAAGGAAGUUACUGCUGCUGCCAGCCCAGAAAUAGUUUGGCACAUAAUUUAAUCUCUGCCUGGACUGAAUUAACAUACUCUACAUGUUGCCUGCGGGGUUCUGGAGGUACAGGUAGGCGGACUUUGUUUUUCCUAACCUUUAGACAUACAUAGGAUGUUGUAUCGUUUCCAGUCUAAGCUAAGCUACGCUAACUGUCUGCUAUUCACUAUUCAGCUAGCUACAUACAGAUGCUAUAAACAUGUCAUAAAUCUACUAAACUAUUGCCUUAAAAACCGAUUCCCAAAUCUCAAAUGAUAGGUAAAAAAUAAUAAUAGGCCUACCCAUUGUAAUACAUAGAUUUCCGAAAUGUUCACUCUUGGACAAAUGCUAACUAGUUCCCUCUCCCUCACUAACCCCAUUUGUUUACUUUGCUAAAAUCUGAAACAUAAUGAAAAACACUUUUCUUAGUUUCCCUUGUUUAUUUGGUUGUGUAUGCUCCACUGAAUGUGAUAGUAUGUUUACACUGCAGAUACAGACGUUGCCCACCAGAGAGUGCUGUGUAAAAGUGUAAAAAGAUACACAGACCAUUAAUGGCAGUAUUUAUAGUGAUCGAAUGAUAUUUUGGGAUAAUCACAUGUGUGAUAGUGCUUUUGGUAUAUUUCUGCCUCAUUUAUCCUCAUUUAAUUGUGAAUAAGAUCUGGAAAAAAUGUGUGUCCCGUUAAAGUCAUUAUUGAUUAACCUUUUCUUUUGUUUGGUAUAACAUCUUGGCCCUAUUUUGGAAGCUUGGUCAUCAAGAAUAAAUAUUUCUGAUUGACUAGGAA